GUUAUUGCCGUAACCAAAAUCGCGCCGUUUCGCAUCUGGUGCUGCGAAAACAAUCGAGAAUAAGUAAAAUCGCUGAACGUUCCGAUGGCAGCAAAUAUUCUGGAUAAAUACCGCAUGCAAAAAAUGUCCCAAAAUCGCGAUAUCGCCGGAGGCUAAUGCCGGAAGUGACACGGCGACGACGAUUAUACCGGGGUUUUUUAGCAUGGGAAAAAGCUCAUCGAGCCUCGGUGAAGCUUUCGGAUUUCACUCUCUGCAGAGCUUGCGAGAUUCUUCGUCGAACAUAAACCGUUUUGCUUCAACGUGUCGCGGUAAGAAUUGUUGUUAUGUGAAUUUUUGUGAGUUGAUGAGAGCUUUCGAAAGCUGGCAGACGAUAUUCUGACUCACCGAAAGCUCAGACGAAGACGACUCGAAGACAGCCUCAAACUCGGUUCACAUGAGACCAAGUCAUAGGAGACAAUUCAUCGGGCAGGAUGAAGGCCACGCUUAUUCUUCAGCUGAUAUGGAUUGGCGAACACGUCGCGUCAUCCACGAUGGGGUCGUGUAAUUCACCCCUGGGGAUGGAGUCUGGGGCUAUUCCGGAUUCCGCCGUCAAUGCUUCCUCCUCGUACGUAACAAACGUUGGACCUCGAUAUGCUCGAUUGCGCAAGGAGACUGCGGGGGGUGCCUGGUGCCCGAAAAGGCCGAUCGAGGCGGAAGUCCGGGAGUGGCUGCAGGUCGAUUUCAGCGGCUCCCACGUCGUGACGGCGAUCGAAACGCAGGGACGUUACGACCAUGGCAGGGGCCAGGAAUACGUCGAGGAGUACACCCUCGAGUACUGGAGACCCGGGUUCGCCGAAUGGCGGCAGUACCGGAGGUGGGACGACCAGAAGAUAUUGACAGGGAACACCGACACGGCCACCGUCGUUUCCCAGGAACUUCACCCGCCCAUCAUUGCCACAAAAAUACGCCUGUUGCCGCAUUCGGUUCACAGACGCACCGUGUGCCUUCGCAUCGAGCUGAAGGGCUGCCCGGAGACCAGCGGAGUUGUCAGCUACACUGUUCCCCAAUCUCCGGUAAGAGAACUUGAGGACACCUAUUACGACGGGAUAAAGCGACAGGGGAAUCUCCUCGAGGGUAUCGGACGGCUAAUGGACGGCGAGGUUGGAGCCGACGACUACAGGAUUGACACCAGCUACGGAAAAGGUACUGGAUGGGUUGCCUGGAUGAGCGAUUCCUUCGAGGAGAACUUCCUCGAGCUCGUUUUUCAGUUCGAUGAAAUCAGGAUCUUUCACGCCGUCCACUUAUACGCCAACAACUACUUCUCACGCGACGUCCAGGUCUUCGCCAGGGCGGAUAUCUGGUUCAGCAUUGGUGGUCAGUUCUACAAGGGUCAGCCCAUUUCCUACUCCUACAUGCCCGACACUGUACUCGAAAACGCCAGGAACGUAACGAUCGGUCUCCACGGCAGAACCGGCCGAUUCGUCAAGCUCCACCUUCACUUCGCAAACCGAUGGAUCAUGAUUAGCGAGGUUGUCUUCGAGGCCUCCAGUCUGCCCGAGAACACAACGGACGAGGUGACCAGCUUCGAAAUUGGGGUGAACGAAGCGCCAGUGAGUCCGGAAUUGGACCUGACUUUACAAACGAUUACAGCUAGAGAAAAAGGCCAGGAACACGUCGAGGUUUUAAUCGGCGUCCUUACAGCCAUCACUCUUCUUCUUCUUCUGGUGUUCGUUAUCAUCUUACUGCUCAGCCGGCGACAGAAACUACAAAACUCACCGACCGUCUUAAAGAAUCCCUUUGGAUUCGCGAUCAACAUGAAGGGUCUGCUGCUGAACCUAACACCAAGUGGAAUGCUUCGCGACAACGGCCACGCCGGUUCCCCUGGCGCAGCCGAAGAUUUAAGCAUGCACGAGUCCCUGACAAUGGAACAAUUUCACUCGCCCCUCGUUGCUGCUCAGUCGCUCUCCUUCGAGCCGACCUACGCGACGGUGGUUAAGACUGUGUCUCUGGACGCAGUAAAGGACUUUGAAGACAUCGAGGACGAGGAUAUCGGAGGUUCGUCCGACGCGUACGAGAGUAAACCACGAGGUGGAGUAAAGACGGAUUUGGUAGUGAAGGGUUCGUCGGGGUGCAGCUACGCCUCGCCCACUUCGCAUCAGGGUAAAUCCGGCUCGAAACAUUCGCACAAUUACAGAACGCUGCAGUCCGGUUCUAGGGGGACAAACGCUCCUGUAGUAUCGUCAGCCUCUCCCCAGAGGGACCUUGACCUCUGGCAUUCUAAACGAUGGCAUACCGCCCCCAAGGAGAAACACAAGAUACCGGCCCCCGUCGUCUGCUGGAACAUCGCACCGAGUAUGAGCAGGCCCUACAAAUGCAAAGAAACAGAACCGACGGAAAUACCGAGACAGUGUCUCCGCGUUGCUGAGAAACUCGGUUCGGGCCACAUCGGAGAGGUCAUCAUCUGCGAGACGGUUGGACUCGGCGCCGUUCUUACCGGCGUCGGAAAACUGGUUGUUGCCCGGGUGCCACCGAUCGACGGUGACGAAGCCCUUCGGGAGGUUAGGUUUCUCUCAAACCUCAUCGACCCGAACCUGGCCCGCGUCUUCGGCGUCUGUGCCGGCGACCCCGCUCCUUGGACCAUCAUGGAAUAUACGGAACUGGGAGACCUCGCUCAUUAUCUGCAGUACAGCGUUCCUUUGACCGGUACAACGAGGACUAGUUGCAGUCUGAAGGCUCUCAGCCAGAGCUGCCUACUCUACAUGGGCGCGCAAAUAGCGUCCGGGAUGAGGUACCUCGAGUCGAGGAAUCUCGUGCACAAGGAUUUGGCAGCUCGCAAUUGUCUCCUGGGACGUUCUUACGCCGUAAAAGUGACCGACAUCGCGAUGUGCAGCGAUCUAUAUAAGAAGGACUAUUGUGACAUCGGUGGAAGGCCUCCGGCGCCAAUCAGAUGGCUGCCAUGGGAGAGCGUGUUAUUGGACAGAUACACCUGCGCCAGCAGCGUUUGGUCCUUCGCCGUUACACUUUGGGAGGUGAUGAGCCUCGCCCGGGAAAAACCCUUCCAGCAUCUCAGCAACGAACAGGUCAUCCAGAACGCCGAGCUAAUGUAUUACGGGGGAGAGCUGCAGGUUUUACUGCCGAAACCAACUAUGUGCCCAGAAAAUGUUUACAAGCUGAUGUGCUCCUGCUGGAAACGCGAGGAAACUGUACGACCGAGUUUCAAGGAGAUCUGCGGGUUCCUGGUCACCAUUAAUGGCGACUACAUCCCAGCGUAGAACGUAAAUCGUCGUGCUUGACUGUGAUAAUUGACGAAGAGCGCUGGGAAAUCGAUCUCCUCCAUGCGUCAACGUGUCGUUUAAUAUAUCGCGCUAUUUCCUGAGAUGAGAUUAGGGCAGUCAGACUCUCUCGGCCGAAAUUCUUCAUGACACUUCUUCCUAGCGCGUAUAAAUGAUGAAUAAUUAAUUGUCAGCUUGUGACAAUCCUUAGACAUAUAAUAUAAAUAUAUAUAUAUAAAUAUAAAAAGAAUAUAAUGAUGUAUAUUCGAUUAUGUACGAUAUGUUUAUGACACUACGUUGUAACUGAUGCGAUUUCCGUUGACAAAAAAAAUAAUUUACUUACUUCGACGUAGCUGAUGUAAAUUUUUCACGAUAAAACAACAACAAUCGGAGAAAACUGAUAAACGGUGGCGA